AUGUCCGACGGUUUUAGCCUCUGCUGCUGGGUACGAGGUACCUCCGUCGCUGCCACCUUCAUUAUCACGAUUUCACGGACUGCAACCGUCUAUACCCUCAGAGAUCUUAUAAAGGAAUCCGCGUCGCUUGAAGUGCCUGCUCCAGCUCUCCAGCUGUUCAAGCUCAAGAAUCCCCUGCGAAGACCCUAUAAGGAGACUCUCAAUGGUAGUCUCAACACGAACAAUGACGGUACGCUUCUCAACGGAAGGCAGAAGAUAUCCGCAUGUUUCGAGGGUACUACAGUUCUCGAGACUUUCUGUGUUAUUGUCCAGUUUCCAUGCCAAGAUGUCAUUGCUCUCAAUUACUGGAUAAUAGGUGAAGACAUCCACACCAUCUUGGAGGUUAAGGUUGCUAGGACGCAGACGGCUGGUGAUCUCAAGCGAUUGAUCAAAGCAGAAAACGCAGUUACCCUUCACGACACAGACGUGCGCCUGUUAACGCUUUGGAACGUUUCCCUACCGUGCGACGAUGCGCUUAAGCAAACAAUCGAGGGUCUUGACCUCCGUCCCGAGAGAUCAUUGCACAGUAUGAAGAGAUUGUCCACGAUCUUUGCAGAACCCCCUGUUCCCGAGCAUCUUCAUAUCAUUGUCGGAUUACCACAUGCCGGUGAGCUGUCCAUCAUGAUCGCAUCAUAG